AGGGCUUAUGUUACCACGAGACCAAACUUCCCAGCGGGAGAACGUCAAGACAGCAAUGACGAUGACCGCGUUCUUGCUUCCUAUCGUACCCUAUUGUAAUCCUCAAUCUUUUCCCGGUAUUCGUCUUCAUCGCAGUACCUUUCCAAACUCGCAGACAGGGACACGGAAGAAUUUCCGGAUUCUUGGGUCCGCGCCUCUUCCGCCUGUUCGAGGCAUUUCGGCCGCUCAUUAAUUCACCGUUCAAAUUUCUGCUCAGGCCGCCUUAUUUGUCAGGAACCUAUACCCAUGUUUCCUUUGUUGUGCACUCCCCUGAUAAAGUUUUGAGCCUAAGGCAUUCGGCUUGGCUUUUUUUUUGUUUCCGGUGGUGCUCGCUAUUAGAGCUUCAGACACGACAGCACUGUCACCCAACAAACACUCAUGGCGACGCUUCGCGAUGCCGAUGGUUCAGUUGUCCCAACUCGGAUACCGCCGGCUAUCGAUUUCCCCUAUCCAGAUUCAGAUGACGAGCACGAAGGACCGUCAAAUAGUUCAUCCUUUUUAGAUGGAACAUCUCCUGAAAAGGGAAUUGAAGCAGAUCCCGCGCCGAAACCACCGAAAGUGAACGAGCCUAAAAAUUCGGAUCCAUUUCGACCCGCUAUAAGGAGAUGGGAAACUGAACGGCCCCCGCUUGGCCCUACAAGCUCGUUAUUCGCUUUAACACGAAGAGUGACUGGAGGCGCACGCCCUCUUCGCCCUUGGCUUUCAGCUCGUGGAGGCCUUGAGUCCGAUUCGGAUUCACUUUCUCAAAGCUCAACUUCCUCAACCCGUGCGGAAUCACCAAAACCGAGAAGAAGAGAGCCAGUCAGACAAGAGACAUUGGAUAGCCAAAGAGUCAAAAAACAAAAGACGGAUUCCGAUCCUUAUAGGAAGCUCUCGGUGGGCAACGGGGAGUACCAGACCAGGGGUAGGGUCUCCAAAAAGGAUGGCCGGUUGAACAUCUCUCUCCAUGAUGCUUCCAAUAAUGGAUAUUUGGCAAAGGCUUUGGGCGCCACAAUCAAACGCCACUUUCGCCACGACAACGGCGAGGCGACGCAGCCAAUAUCUUCCAUUCGAGACGGCUCCGAUGAGCGCAGCCCAUCGCCAGCCUCAUCCACUUACAAAUCCUUGCCUCCUCCACGCUUGAAUAUUGUUAUCAUGGUCAUUGGCUCACGUGGCGACAUUCAACCCUUUCUUAGAAUUGGGAAGCUCCUCAAAGAGGAACAUGGACAUCGCGUUCGUAUUGCCACCCAUCCAGCCUUUAAGAAGUUUAUCGAGCAAGAUAGUAAGCUUGAAUUCUUCUCGGUCGGUGGUGAUCCGGCAGAGUUGAUGGCUUUCAUGGUCAAAAAUCCGGGGCUCAUUCCUUCGGUCGCCACGGUCAAAGCCGGUGAGAUAGGACGUCGCCGGGAUCAGAUGUUUGAGAUGUUUCAAGGAUUCUGGAGAGCAUGUAUAAAUGCUACUGACGAUGAGAAAGACAUUGCAAAUUUGAAAAUGAUGGGCACUAAAAGGGCGUUUGUUGCGGAUGCCAUCAUUGCUAACCCUCCUUGCUUUGCACACAUUCACUGUGCCGAGAGACUAGGUGUCCCUCUUCAUUUGAUGUUUACUUUUCCGUAUUCUCCCACACAGAAAUUUCCACAUCCGCUCGCAAAUAUCAAAAGAACUAAUAUGGACACCAAUUACACGAACUUCAUGAGCUAUCCUCUUGUUGAGUUGAUGACAUGGCAAGGGCUUGGUGACCUUGUGAAUCGAUUCCGUGUGGAUACACUUGGACUGGAGCCGGUCUCCACGCUCUGGGCACCCGGUCAAUUAUACAGACUCAAGGUUCCUUAUACGUACCUAUGGUCUCCAGGACUAGUCCCUAAGCCAGACGACUGGGGGCCUGAAAUAGAUAUUGCGGGGUUUGUUUUCCUUGACUUGGCAUCCAAUUUUAAACCGCCAGAUGACCUGGUCAAGUUUCUUGAUGCAGGCCCGCCUCCAAUUUAUAUUGGCUUUGGUAGUAUUGUGAUCGACGACCCGGAUAAAUUUACACAGUUGAUUUUCGAAGCAGUUAAAAAGGUGGGGGUGCGUGCCCUUGUUAACAAAGGCUGGGGAGGUCUUGGACACGAGGGCAACGUGCCCGAGAAUAUUUUCAUGCUAGACAACACGCCUCAUGACUGGUUAUUUCCUAAGGUGCGGGCCGUUGUACAUCAUGGUGGCGCUGGCACGACUGCUAUCGGGUUCAAGUGCGGAAAGCCGACGAUGAUAGUCCCCUUCUUCGGCGACCAAUCAUUCUGGGGAGCGAUGGCUGCGCGUUCUCAAGCCGGCGCCAAGGCCCCCGUUCCAUACAAAAACCUUACCGUGGACAGUUUGGCUGAGGGUAUUAAAGAAUGCCUGACCGAUACGGCCCAGGAAAAUGCCAAGAAGCUGGCAGAUGCCAUCGCCGCAGAGGGGGAUGGUGCGAGGAAUGCUGUCGAGUCUUUCCAUCGACGUCUGCCUUUGCGAGGCGAUGUUUCAAUGCGUUGCUCCAUCCUACACGACCAGGUCGCCUCUUGGAGAUUUCGAGAAAGUCAUAUUAGAUUGUCACCAUUGGCGGCAGAGACUCUCGUGGAGAGGAAGUAUUUGACUUGGAAAGACCUUGAGCUUCUGCGCCAUUGCGAAUGGAACGAUUUUGAAGGGCCUGGUGAGCCUUUGACCGGCAUAGGAUCCGCACUAUUUCAGUCUUUCGCCGGGGCAGCGAGGGGCGUAGGUGGAGUACCUGUACGUCUGAUCAAGAAAGUGAAGCAAAAGCGCCACCUCCUUCGGCGCUUGUCUAAGAAACAUCGAAGGAGCGCUCGCUCAGGAAAACCUCCAGAAGCUGUUGCUGUCAAGAGGCAAGCCAAGGGGAAGCCAAAGGAGAACGGCGAAGCAAAUGCUGUGUCAAAUGGUGGCAUUGUGGAAAGUCUUCCGCCAAGCCAUCAAGGUCGCAGUAAUGUUUUGGAAGCGCUGCAGAAUAAUCUGCAAGGCCUUGAUUCAAAUGAUAGCAACGAUGUCUCAAAUGAUGUACCAGAUCAUUUUGUCCACGAGCUCGCGCAUGAGUUGGCACAAGAUAUCGCCACAGAAACGAGCAGAGGGCUUGGGCAGACUGGCGCGGCAAUUGCAAAAGCCCCUAUGAACUUUCUCCUUGCUCUCGGACAAGGCUUUCACAAUGCCCCAAGGCUCUACGGAGAUAAAACAGUGCGGCGAGCUCCCCGCAUCACUGGGUUCAAAUCUGGCAUGCGUGCUGCUGGCGGAGAAUUCGUAUACGGUAUCUGGGACGGCUGGACGGGAGUUGUCAUGCAACCGUAUAAUGGUGCACGUAAAAGCGGCACACCUGGAUUCGCAAAAGGCGUUGCAAGAGGAGUUGGCGGCUUUGUUUUGAAAGACAUUUCCGCAAUAGUUGGCCCGUUCGGCUAUGCGCUUAAAGGCAUUCACAAGGAGAUGGUCAAAGACCGGUACGCGGAGCAUAGUAUUCGACGAGCUCGCAUUAUCGAGGGGCAGAAACAGAUUCGCCAUCUGACUCCCCAAGGGAAAGAGAGGAUUUUUGCCAGAGUACGGGAAAGUUGGGACGUCGUAGACGCAAUUCGUCAAGAAUGUGAGCGGACGAGAAAGCAAGGGAUCCGAGGUCGAGCUCGAGCGCAACGUGAAAAACGCAAGUGGGAAUUUUUCGGAGCAUUUGAGAAUGUCGACCAGGCGGAUAAGGCUCUCAAGGCCAAGCACCGCGGAACGCCCUUUGAUCGAGUAUUCCGCAAACACCGACAGGAGAUACGCGAGGCGCAAGAUCCACGGACAUUUGCGAUGAAUGGAAAUGGUCAUCAAGUCAAGAUGAAUGAGUCGGACAGUUCUGGUCUGGCAAAUGGGCUCGGUCAAAAUAAUGGAUCAGCAAACAAGAUGUCGAAUGGGGCCGCAGGAUAAAUUAAGAGGUACUGUCUACGUUUGUGUUAUUUUCGCCGUUGUUUUCUUUUUCCGCGUUUACUAGCAUCCUGCAUGAUAUCCAUUGCAUCAUUACAGGGCGCAGAUAGGUCAUGUAAUUUCCCUGUACUCAUCGUGUUUAUGCCGUACAAUGGUUUUCUUUCCCUACAGUUACUUGGCAAUGUUUGGUUUUCAUUGCAUUCAUGUCGACGCAGUAACAUACCCAUACGCAUGCUUGCUUAUUCUUAAUUGCUUGCUUAGCUGUUUGAUAUGCUUCAAAUUUUUUUUCGGCAUCGAUUACCCGUCUGUGAAUAGAUACUUCUCUGAAUCGCUACAGUACAGCGUUACAGUAACGUUAGUUUGUGUUUUAGCAAUCAAUGCCCAUACCGUGCACUUGCUUUGACGCGCGUGACUGCUUUUUCCUAUCUGGGCGGUUUUUCUCGCCGUGUGAAUCCCGCUGCGC